UCUUCAAUUUGUUCGCCUCUUUUUAUAAGUUUCAGAGAGAAACACAAAGCCACAAUCUAUUUUGGCCCUUUUUACCUCUCAACCACCAAAACAUAUACUGGUCCAAAAGAACACAUCGUUACUUUUCCUGUUGAAAAAGCGGACAAUUUUUUUCCUUUUAAUCUUGUUCUAUUCGAAGAAAUUGAUUCUUGAUCCAAAAGGGUCGGUGGAUUUUGUGGGAAUUUGUUGUUGGAUGCUAAAUUCUUGACUAAUCCUCAGAUUUUUAGGAGAGAAAAAUGGCUUGUUCGUUCAAAACUGGAUUUUCUGUUUCUGGUUCCUGCGAUUGCUUUUUCAACAACACAAACAAAGGCUUUUCUGUUCGCUCUUCGGUUGGGGCUCUAAAUAUUACAGCUUUAACACCCAAUGAAUUUCUGGGCAAAUCUUUGGAUGUACCGAAUCAGAUUGGUUUGAGCCAUUGGAAUGUUAAAACUCCAAAACCCGUCUCCAUUAAUGCACAAGCAUCAAUAUGUGUAAGCAAAGCUCAAAGAUGGUGGGAAAAAACCCUAAAACCCAACAUGCUAGAAAUCCAUUCAGCGAAGGAGCUUGUUGAUUCAUUGUUAAAUGCUGGUGACAAAUUGGUCAUUAUUGACUUUUAUUCCCCUGGUUGUGGAGGUUGCAGGACUUUACAUCCUAAGAUAUGUCAACUGGCUGAUUCAAACCCGGAUGCAAUUUUUCUCAAAGUAAACUAUGAAGAACUCAAAGCCAUGUGUCAUGCUCUUCGAAUUCAUGUUUUGCCCUUCUUUAGAUUCUAUAGGGGUGCAGAAGGCAAACUCUGUAGCUUCAGCUGUACUAAUGCAACAAUCAAGAAAUUCAAAGAUGCAUUAGGGAAGUACGGAACAGAUAGGUGUAGCCUUGGUCCAGCAAAAGGGCUUGAUGAGUCUGAGCUGUUAGCUUUAGCCUCAAUUGGUCAAUUAUCAAGAAAUCAAUCCUUGGAUUAUCCGAAAAAGGAUAGAUUGGAAAAUUUUGUGCUAUCAGGUGUGGAUCUAUCCAGCAAUUUUGAUAAUAAUCUGGGGCUAAAAGAAAGCAACGAGUUGUUGAUGGCCUAAAUUGGAGAUCUGAAUAGAAGUUUGCAACAAUAUUUUUUGGGAGCAAAUUUGUUUUGUGAAUGUAAAUAUUAUUAAUUGGGGUUUUCCAUAAGCAGGGCUGGGUGUUUUUUGGAUAAGCUCUUGCAUAGUUGGUCAAUCUGUCAAUUGGAUCAAACAUAGUCAUUUUGUUAAGCAAAUGAAAUACAUUAUGCUUAUCUUUUCGUUUA